ACAUUCCCUUUCAUCUUAGUAUCUCGCGAUGUUACUAUAAAACCACUGUGAUCAUCUCAUUUCAGGCUCUGCUCAUUAAACUCCGAUCCUCUCUCUCUUUCUCUCACAAACACUCACACAGUUUGGUGGGAGCUUCGCUUGGCAAUGGCAGCCGCCGGCGUGUACCAGUCGACUCCAAGCAAAAUUGAAAUCGCUAACUGCAGCAAUUCGGAGAAUCUCAAUUUUAAGAGACUGUCGUUUGCGGCCUCUAACGUGGCGGGGGAGAAAAUCACGUCGUCUCCGCAGCUCCGUCUGCGGCGGAGUCGUACCGGAGGCAAAAUGGAGCGACGAAGUCCGGUGAUUGUUUCCCCGAAGGCGGUGUCUGACUCUCAGAAUUCGCAGACGUGCCUUGAUCCUGACGCAAGCAGAAGUGUCUUGGGAAUCAUCCUAGGAGGUGGAGCUGGAACUAGGCUUUAUCCUUUGACAAAGAAGAGGGCGAAGCCAGCUGUUCCUCUUGGAGCAAAUUAUCGGUUAAUUGAUAUUCCUGUUAGCAAUUGCUUGAACAGUAAUAUAUCCAAGAUCUAUGUCCUCACUCAAUUCAAUUCUGCUUCCCUCAAUCGUCAUCUUUCGAGGGCAUAUGCAAGCAACAUGGGCGGUUACAAAAAUGAAGGUUUCGUUGAGGUUCUUGCAGCUCAGCAAAGUCCAGAAAAUCCCAAUUGGUUCCAGGGUACUGCAGAUGCUGUGAGGCAAUAUUUAUGGUUGUUUGAAGAGCACAAUGUUCUUGAGUUCCUGAUUCUUGCUGGAGAUCAUCUAUACAGAAUGGAUUAUGAGAGGUUUAUUCAGGCUCACAGAGAGACAGAUGCUGACAUUACUGUUGCUGCAUUGCCUAUGGAUGAAAAGCGUGCCACAGCAUUUGGAUUGAUGAAGAUUGAUGAAGAAGGGCGCAUCAUCGAAUUUGCCGAGAAACCAAAGGGAGAACAGCUAAAAGCUAUGAAGGUUGAUACUACCAUAUUGGGUCUUGAUGAUAAGAGAGCAAAGGAGAUGCCUUACAUUGCGAGCAUGGGAAUAUAUGUUGUUAGCAAAGAUGUGAUGAUAAAUCUACUCAGAGAUGAGUUCCCCGCAGCCAAUGAUUUUGGAAGUGAGGUUAUUCCUGGAGCCACUGCUAUGGGAUUAAGAGUGCAAGCUUACUUGUUUGAUGGCUACUGGGAGGACAUUGGUACCAUUGAAGCUUUCUAUAAUGCCAAUCUAGGGAUCACAAAAAAGCCAGUGCCAGAUUUUAGCUUCUAUGAUCGAUCUGCUCCAAUCUAUACCCAACCUCGAUAUCUACCUCCUUCUAAGAUGCUGGAUGCUGAUGUCACAGAUAGUGUCAUUGGUGAAGGCUGUGUGAUCAAGAACUGCAAAAUUCAUCAUUCUGUGGUUGGACUUAGAUCGUGCAUAGCUGAGGGUGCAAUCAUAGAGGACUCCUUAUUGAUGGGUGCAGAUUAUUAUGAGACUGACGCGGACAGAAGGUUUCUGGCAGCGAAGGGUGCAGUGGCUAUGGGCAUUGGUAAAAACAGUCACAUCAAGAGAGCCAUCAUUGACAAAAAUGCCCGGAUUGGAGAAAAUGUGAAGAUUGUUAAUGGUGAUGAUGUUCAAGAAGCAGCAAGAGAGACGGACGGAUACUUUAUCAAGAGCGGUAUCGUGACUGUAAUCAAAGAUGCUUUGAUUCCCAGUGGUACCGUCAUCUAGAUCUUCUUCAUGUGACUCUUCUCAGCUUUCAUGUACAUGUUCUCGGAUAAGAAAAUAAGCAUUUACUUCAUUGCUGUC